AUGAAAAUGGCUAGCUUCAAGUCAUUAUUGUUAAACAUUUUCUUUUUUUCGUUAAUACAAAUAAGCUGCAAGCGAAUUGGGAAGAGGAAGUGCGAACAAUGGGAUUCGUGGUCUGCUUGCAAGGACGGAAUUAGCACCAGGGUAUGCUUAACGAACAAGUCCGUAACAGAUAAGAUGACCUGCAAGGCGUGUAACAUUUGGGGAGAUUGGUCUGCCUGUAAAAAUGGAAAGAGACACAGAAAAGUAGUUAACUGCCCCUUCAUUCGGGAAGAACAGGAUUGUGAUCCAAACAAAUCGAACAAACAAAACGCCAGAAAUAAUACCACCAUUUAUUUUAACAAUGACGAUUAUGAUGAUGAGCAAGAUGACGUCUUCGAAGAGACUUUGCAGGAAGAAAGCAAUUUACCCGUCAAGGGUGAUAGCAGCGAACCGAUUUUCCUCGAACAGGACUCACAUGGGGAAGGAAAACAGCAGAGCAUGAGCGAAAGCUUCGCGCACGUGGACGAGGUGGAUGCGACUGCGCAGCCUCACAACGAGGUGUUGACAGACACGACGACCCCCUCUGAAGCGUCACCCCCCGCAGAUGAUGCGAACAACGAGACCUAUGUGAGUUAUCCCGAGGAAGAACCGUUGCAUGGACCGCAAAAUAAUAGCGAUGAAGCCCAAGCGGGCGCAGAUCAUCUGAGCAGCCACAACCUCGCAGAUGAUCAAGCGGACAGCCAAGCGGACGGCCAAACGAACGCAGCCCCAUCGAGUGAACCAAGAGCAAAGCAUUUCCGCGAUCAUAAGUUUGAGGACGUUUCAAGCCCCCCUGGAGAAGGCCAAAAUGAAAACCAUGCCGAGGGAAACACAAAUCAAAACAGCUUCUACGAACAGCAAGGAAGUCACCAUGAACAUAGCGAACAUAAGUGGAGAAAAAAACACAAUGCAGGAGCGGGAAGUGGAGGUGCACCAAAGUUUAACCAAACGUACAUCGCCAGUGGAAUGGGUCUUCUCUUUCUCCUAAGUGGAACUGCCGCUAGCUACGCCUUGUACAAUGGCAAGUAUAAGGAACUGACUGAGGAGGCAAAGAAUGAAAAUUUCGAGGUCAUAUUUAACGAAGACAUGAAGGCUAGGGAGAACAGCAAGUCCAUGUACGAGGAUGAGUUCUGGGCCCUGGGCUGA